UGAAGGCAGAGAAAAGACGAUCUGAUUACGAUCAAUUAUUAUAGAAAUAGCUUUUCAACGAAUACGUCAGUAAUUGUUAAAAUUCUUAUUAUUUUUCAAUUUUUAUUUUUACAUUAUCUCCAUUCUAUUUUUUACUAUUACAGACAAAUAAAAGUAUCUGAAAUAUUAGAUGAAAAAAUUGAAUGAUAUAUCGCUGGUUAUUUAACAUUGAAUAUGAUUGCAUUGUUGAUGAAAAGUGAUUCGCAAUCAUUCAGUGGACAUAGAACCAUAUAAAUACUUGAAUGGUAUUUUAGGCAUAAAUAAAUAUAUUAAAUAUAAAUAUUAUAAUAAUAAAGUAAUAUAUUAUAAAGUAAAUGUUAUUCUGCCGAUAUAACUAUUUCUGUAUUAUGUGAUCCUAUCAGAUUUUCAAUCAGAAUCUGACUGAAUAAAUGGCAACGUAUGUAAAGGAAAUUAAGACCUAAUACUAAUCGCAUAAUAUGAGGAAAGAAAAACAUGGAAAAUCUUUGUCUUGUUCUAUUUUCACUAAAUUAUUUCUAUACUGUGAUUGAAUCAUUAAUCUAAUAACUAUACCUUCUAAUGCAUAUUAAGUCUGUCUGAUAAUAAUAAAAACAAAAAAUCAACUUCAUAUUUGAUAUCAUUGUUUCAUAUCUAUUCAUCAAAUCCUAUUAAUCAACUACUAUUAGAGAUGAACGCAGCGGGUCAUGCGAUCAUGCAUUCUUUUUUUUUCCCUCCCUUUUGACAUUUCUGAUAUUAGGAAACUCUGAAUGACAUCUUCUUUCAAAUUCUAGUUUCUUUGAAUAAAAAUACAAGCUUUAAUAUAAGAAACAAAAUGACUCAUUCUUGUACCUGCUACGAUGCUAACAUUGUUGAAGGAUUAUUUGGUGAAAUUUAUCCAGAUUCUGUUCACUAUAAAAGAGAAUCGUUCAAAUCAGGAGGACAGCCCUAUAACUCUGUCGGAUCUUUCCAGUCAGCUUCGGGGGAUACUGAUGGCAAUAAAAUGAACAGAGAUCUUGAAGAUCCGACAUCAGUAAAAAUAAAAUCAUACACAUUGACUAACAAUAAUCGCAUGGAGGUUGUGCUCAUUACUUGGGGAGCUACGAUCGUGUCAUUGAAAUGUCCAGACAAAUUUGGUUCGCCUGCCGACAUAGUCAUGGGAUUCGAUGAUUUGAAGAGCUACAUGGAUCCAAAUUUGAAUCCAUACUUUGGAUGUGCUCUCGGCAGAUGCGCUAAUAGGAUCAAAGAUGGUAGUUUUUCCAUCAAGGACAAGGAUUUUCAAUUAACUAAGAAUGAUAACAACAAACACCACUUGCAUGGAGGUCUGAAUGGAUUCGGCCGUCAAGUAUGGGAUGCAUAUGUCGAUGGUUGUACAGUGAUCAUGAGUUAUCUCAGUAAAGAUGGUGAGGAAGGAUACCCGGGGGCUGUUUUAGCAACUUUGAGAUUUAAAUUGACCUCCGAUAAUAAGUUGGAAAUAAAUAUGCGAGCCACCACAUCCAAGUCCACAAUAGUCAACAUGUCGCAUGGAUCCUAUUUCAAUUUAGCUGGUCAUGCUGCUGGUGUGAAGGAGUUGAAUAAGCAUAAAAUAUCAUUAAAUUGUGAUCGUUGGACAUUCGCUGAUUAUACGGACCCAGUACCAACCGGUGGAAUUCGUGGGGUCGGUGGGACCAUUAUGGACCUCCGCAUACCACAAGUUUUAGGAGACUGCAUUGGAAAGGUACCACCUGGGGAGGGUUACGAUCACAACUUUUGUGUUCUACGUAGCUGGCAACCAGGAGUUACAUUUGUUGCACAGGCUCUACAUCCAUCAUCUGGAAGAUUAAUGGAAGUUUAUUCGGAUCAACCAGGAGUACAGUUCUAUACCGGAGGUCGUCUGCCGCCUCAAUCAUCCUCGGAAGAUCAAUUUUUGGAAGACAUUUGUCCCCAGUAUAAGAAUGGGGAGCCCAAAGCAGAAAGAAAAGCGUCGCAAAAUUAUGAGGAUGAAAGUAUCAACAGUGACGAAGAACCGGAAGAAGAAGGAACUGAGGAUACCGAAUCCCUGCCACCCUCGCCUCUGGAAUUCAUUCCCGGCAAAAAUGGUGCCAAGUACAGAAAACAUGGAGCAUUUUGUAUUCAACCUCAAAAUUAUCCCAAUGCUGUCAAUCACGAACAUUUUCCUUGUACGAUUCUACGUCCCGGUCAAGUCUACUAUCACGAUUUAACGUACAAAUUUGGAAUUCAGUUGGGAAGUUUCAUGUGAAGUAAAGAGACAAGUAUCGCAGG